UGCAAUCGGCCCGAGCAUUUCGGAAAUUGAUUUUCCGUUAUUGAAAUGACAUAACCUUCUUCGUCUUCCAUCCGGUGUGAAUGUGCUUUCUAUUCAGUCUCUGGUUUCUUCGCUUGGCCAAUACCAUGAAAUAUUUCACUUGGAUAAUAUUUACUAUCUUCAUUUUUUCUUGGACCUCUACGAUUAGAGCGGGACAAACAUUAGUUAUUUCUACUGACUGUGGACCAAUUCAGGGAAUCAAAGAUAAGAGCUUUGUAUUUAAAGGAAUUCCGUACGCCUUGCCCCCCGUUGGAAAUCGACGAUGGAAGCAACCGAUUCCCGUUAACAGUGAGUUGGGAACCUGUUGGCAUGGUAUCUACCCUGCAUUAAAAUUUGGAAAUACUUGCGCACAGAAAAAUCCCUUGAACGAAAGUCUAACGCUAGGAAGCGAGGAUUGCCUUUAUAUAAAUGUAUGGACGCCCACAGUUACCAAAAGCGCCAAACUUCCUGUUAUGGUAUACAUCCAUGGCGGGAGUUUACAAUUUGCAAAUGGAAAUUGGCCUACUUAUUGUCCGACCGAAAGUCUCGUGAUGGAAACAGACAUGGUUCACGUGAGUUUUAAUUAUCGUCUGCAUGCUUUUGGUUUUAUGGCUUUGGAUAUACUGUCGUCUGCUUCCGAAACCAAAACGUCUGGAAACUAUGGAUUUAUGGAUCAACUCGCUGCUCUCCAAUGGGUAAAGACAAACAUUGAAAAUUUCGGAGGAGACCCAAAUAAAGUAACGCUUUAUGGCCAAAGUUCAGGUGGAACAAGUGUUUUUGCGCUUCUAGCUUCUCCAUUCUCAAGUGGUCUCUUCCAAAAAGCAUGGAUGCUGAGUGCUUCACCCAUUUUAAAUAAAACUCUGGACGAUGCAUCUCGGGAUAAUCAAAUCUUUCUAGAACGAUCCGGAUGUUCCACUUUACAAUGUUUAUAUGAUCUUCCGGUAGAUGACGUCAUUAAAGCUGUUCCUUGGAACGUUUAUCCGUUCUGGGCUAUGUUAGAUCAGGGUGAUCUUCCGGUCAAAGGUCAAUUUGACGGUGCCAUGGCAAUUGUCGACGGCUAUAUUAUACCUCGUCCUCCAUUUGAAGCUUGGGAAAUGGGCAAAACAAUCGAUGUUCCUGUUAUGAUUGGUACAACUGGACAAGAAAUAGAUUACCAACCUUCAUAUAAUGAUCUUUACAACUGGACUUGGUCACAUUAUGAAAACGUCGUAACUUCAAAGUUGGGAACAUUCGGAAUGGAUGUCGCAAAACGGGCACUUGAAUUUUAUCCCAUGUACAACGUUACCCCGGAGUACCAGUUUACUAGCCUCGUUUCCGACAUUCGUGUCACGUGCCCAAAUGAUAUUUUAGCUACGAAAGCAGCGAAAACAUUCAAAUCACCUGUUUACCGCUAUGUGGUGACGUCAGCACCCUCGGCUCCGAUUCAUCUGUUUGGACUACCUUUUCCAGCUCGAUAUUCCAUGCAUGCUUGGGAUAUGUUAGCGUUUUUCGGGACCAUUGUUGAUUAUAUAACAGUUCAACAGUCGGACAAAAUGUUUUCAGAGGUUAUGAGAAGGGAAAUAUUGUCCUUUGUUCAUACGGGUAAACCUUUCACAGAAACCUGGGAAACAUUCGAAAAUUCUGUGGCAAUACUGAAUACCACUAUAUCGGUUGCAAAGAACUACCAUGAAACAGAAUGCAAGUAUUGGAUGAACAAUGCCAAGUUAUGGCCAUAUGCCUGGAUAAAUUAGUACUUUGGCGGCUCUUUUAAAUAAGCUUUAUCUUUAUCAUAAUAAAAUGAAGAAGAACACUUCA